AUGGGGACAGAAUUCGGGGUAUUGUCAACUGGGUUUGGCUUAAGCGGAGAGUGGAGGAAAAGCCAUACCGAUGCCGACCUCAACUACACGCUAUACCUGGUUACAGACUCGAGCCCCCAAAUCCUGGGCGAUAGAGACCUCUGCGACGUCGUCGAGCAGGCCAUCAAAGGUGGCGUCACCAUCGUCCAGCUGCGUGAGAAGAACUGUGACACGCGCGAAUUUAUUGAGAAGGCUCGCCGUUUACAUGCCAUCACCAAGAAAUAUGAUGUGCCGCUGCUCAUCAACGACCGCAUUGAUGUCGCCCUGGCUGUAAACUGCGAAGGUGUUCAUAUUGGACAGGAUGAUAUGGACAUUCACGAGGCCAGGAGGCUGCUGGGUCCCUGGGCCAUCAUCGGUGUCACAGUGAGCACUGUGGAGGAGGCCAUCAAGGCCGCAAAGGAUGGUGCCAAUUAUCUAGGCAUUGGCACUAUAUAUGCCACUUCAACCAAGAAGGAUACCAAGCACAUCAUCGGCACCGCGGGUGUUGCCCGGAUUCUUUCAGCCCUCCACAAGGCUGGGCAUCCAGUCGACUGCGUCGGUAUCGGCGGCAUCAAUGAGUCCAACGUGCAUCGCAUCGUCUACCAGUCCGCCGUCGACCGUGAUCGGAUCUUCCUCAAGGGCGUGGCAGUCGUCAGCGCCAUCAUGGCCGCCCCGGAUCCGCAAGCAGCUGCAAAGCGGCUGAAGGAGAAGAUGACGAGCGUGCCACCCUAUGGCGUGGACGUGCCCUCGUACAUCGCUGAUACAACGGAGAAGGUGCUCGCUGAGGUGCCAAGUGUGAUUACUGCGGUUGAUGCCAACACGCCGCUUUCGCAUAACAUGACUAACCUUGUUGUGCAAAAUUUUGCCGCCAAUGUUGCUCUGGCCAUCGGCGCCUCGCCCAUCAUGUCCAAUUGCGGCGACGAAGCCGCUGAUCUGAGCAAGCUGGGCGGCUCGUUGGUCAUCAACAUGGGCACUGUCGACGACGAUGCCCUGGCCAACUACAUCAAGGCCGUCAGGGCAUACAAUGCUGUCGAUCGUCCCGUCAUCUUUGAUCCCGUUGGCGCCGGAGCAACCACCAUCCGGCGUCAGGCCGUCAAGACCCUCCUGCACGAAUGCUACUUCGACGUCAUCAAAGGCAAUGAAGGCGAGAUUCGCACCGUCUUCGGCGACAGCGACGUGCAGCAGCGCGGCGUCGACAGCACCAGCACUCUCGACGAGACCGCGAAAGCGACCCUCGUCCGGGCGCUCGCCAAGCGCGAGAAGAACGUCGUCGUCAUGACCGGCAAGACGGACUAUGUCAGCGACGGGAUCAACACGUACGCUGUGGAAAAUGGUCAUCCGUACUUGGGCUUGGUUACGGGCACGGGUUGCACGCUGGGUACGGCGAUCUCGGCGGCUGUUGCAAAGAGGACGACGUAUGGCAGGAUUGUGCACGUCAUCGCGGCGUUAUUGCACUUUGAGAUUGCUGCGGAGCUAGCGGCCGAGAGAGCCGAUGUCAAGGGGCCGGGAACGUUCUUGCCGGCGUUCUUAGAUGAGUUGUAUAGGAUCCGGAAAGAUACUGUUGAGGAGAACUUGGAGUGGUUGCAGAGAGCGAAGGUUAGGAAGAUUGAGCUUAGGGAUUAA